GCGUAGUGCCAGUGAAGUAGUUACAGGGACACGAUGGCUGCGGACAGUACCUUGGCGCUGUCUCUGGUGGAGGAAUUUGUGUCUGGACUGCAGGACAGCAAGGCCAAAGAUGCAGCAAAAGGUGUCAAAGACGGGAAGUUUACAGUUCUGCAGCUGGUGGAAGCACUGGGGUCCAGUCUGACCAGUUCUCAGCCUCACACUCGAGCCCGAGGAGUCCUUCUGCUCUCUGAGGUUUUGCAGGAGUGCUAUAGAGAGCUUACAGAGAGAGAAGUGGAAGUGCUUAUUGCCUUCUAUGAAAACCGUCUGAAGGAUCAUUAUGUCGUCACACCUCCCGUCUUAAAGGGGCUAAAGGAGCUGACAAAGUGUACAAACCUGCCUCCUGGCUCAGCUGUGUCCAUGUUGAGGUCAGUGUUCCAGGACAUCCACGUACAGUCUCUGAUGCUGUCAGAGAGAGCAUGUGUUUACAGCAUGCUUAUCAACAUCAUGGAGACCAGAGAGGCGGAACUUAAGGGUUUGGGUGCCGACUUUGUCUUCGGUUUUGUGCAGUCCAUGGACGGGGAGCGAGAUCCUCGCAACCUCUUGUUGGCCUUUCAGAUUGCCAAAAACCUUAUUCACAGAGGCUAUGAGCUCGGUAAAUUCACAGAGGAACUGUUUGAAGUGACGUCCUGCUAUUUCCCAAUCGACUUCUCCCCACCUCCUAAUGACCCACAUGGCAUCACCAGGGAGGAACUGGUUCAGGCUCUGAGGGCCGUCCUUACUGGGACUCCAAAUUUUGCAGAGUUUCUGUUACCUCUCCUCAUCGAGAAGCUGGACUCAGACGUUCAGAGCGCAAAGCUGGACUCGCUGCAGACUCUGGCUGCUUGUGUGUCACAGUAUGAACACAAGCAUGUGGCUGAAUUCCUGCAGGGACUGUGGACAGCAGUACGCAGAGAGGUGUUUCAAACCUCCAGCGAGAGGAUUGAGUCUGCAGGCCUCGCUGCUCUUACCGCACUCACUUCCUGUCUGUCUCGCUCAGUCCUCAGCUCUGACUCUGAGGACUCCCUCAGCACAUUCCUGGAUUUCAUUCUCACAGACUGCAAACAUCACCUGUGUGAACCAGACUUAAAGCUUGUAUGGCCGAGCGCAAAGCUCCUCCAAGCCGCCUGCAGCGCCUCCACUAGUGCGAGUCACAUCAUUACAGCUGCUGUCAUGCCAUCUCUACUUGAGCAAUAUAACAACAGAGCACAGUGUUCCCAUAGAAGGACAUUACUGGAGGUGGUGCAGCGAUUUAUCCAUUCAGUAAAAAACUGCCAGUCUUCAGACAAUGGUCUGCUGUUAGAAUCUGAUAUUGAGCUAGCUCUUGAUCAUCUGACCAGACUGCUGCUGAUUGAAGAGGAUGACACAGUCAGUCUUGCUGUGGUGGAGUGUGCUGGAGCCUUAGCGCAGCUGCACCCGGCACUCGUCAUCUCCAAACUGAUUCCAAGACUAAAGAACGAGCUGUAUACUGAGCCCAUGAAUCAAGACCAAGGGGAGGCUUCUGAACUACAUUCCCAUCAUUCAGUGCGUCAGCGGUGUUUGUCAGCUCUGGCUGCAGUGUCCAUCAAACCCAGUGUUGUCCAGGAGAGCACACCUGUCCUCCUGGAGGUCCUUCGUUCAGCACACACAGGUGAUGUUAGUUUUUCAGUGGAUGAGGUGGUGCUGACGUGCCGCAGCCUUCAGAGAAUAGCAGAGCAGGUCCAGGACACCGAGGAAGCGGGACGCUGCUUCCACAACAUCAUCAUCCCACACCUGUUGUCUCUGGCGCUCCAGGCAGCACUGCAGGGUGAAGGAUCAUCUGGAACUCCUAGUCCUCUGAUAGAGGAGGCAGUCCUGUCUGCCAUGGUUCCUGUCAUCAGCACUUCCUGCUCCAGACUGCAGCCCACCCUGGCGGGGCAGACAGCGUCGAGAGCUGUGUCUCUCUUCCUGGAUGGCGAUGUCUCUUUUUUGCCUGACAACUCGUUCCCUUCACACAUGCAGCUUCUCAAGGUGGAGGUGCCCCAGAUUGACAAACUGCUGUCGGCACUGGAGGAGAUGAGCUGCACUUGCAGCCACCCGCUGUCAUACACGUCAGCUGCAAAGUGCUUUGCUGGCCUGGUCAACAAGAAACCACAGGGAGAUUCCCUCGACAGCCUAAUUCAGAGGACGAUGAAGAGAGUGUGCAGCGAGCUGGACUCACCUUCCUCCUCUGUUCACACUCAGGCAUUUACACUUAUGAUCUGGGUUUCCAAGGCUCUGCUUCUGCGAUACCACCCUCUGUUCACAACACUGACCGACAAGCUCUUCUCUCUGCUCGACGAUGCCGGUUUAGGUCCGAUGGCAGCAGACGGCUUCUCUCUGCUCAUGAGUGACUCCACCGACGUCCUGAACAGAGCUUCCCACGCUGAUGUACGCAUCAUGUACCGCCAGCGCUUCUUCAGCGAGAACAAAGCCAAGCUGGUGCAAGGGUUCAACGCUGCACCCCAAGAGAAGAAGCCCAACUACCUGAAAGCUUUAUCUAACAUCGUCAAUAAGCUGCCCAAGCAGGUUCAAGUCACUGAACUUCCAGCGCUUCUUUCUCUGCUGCUGGAGGCCUUGUCGUGUCCUGAUCAGGACAUUCAUCUGACAACUCUGUCCUGUCUGGAGCCCGUCCUCGUCAACCCACCACAAGUUCUCAUACAGCAGCUGGAAGCUUUGGUCAACAGGCUGCUGGCCCUCCUCUGCAGUCCAGCUAUGAGUGUACGGAUUGCUUCGCUGUCCUGCAUCAGCGCUCUUUCCUACUUCCCUGUACAUGAGGUGUUGCCAUUUCGGGCCCGAGUACUUCGAGCGCUCGCCAAACCUCUGGAUGACAAGAAGAGGCUGGUGAGGAGGGAGGCGGUUCAGGCCAGAGCACAGUGGUUCCUCUUAGGAAGUCCUGGUGGAAGAUGAUUUCCCCCUAAUCAACACCAAAUUACAGAUGCCAAGUAGCAGAGCUGUGCUGCCCAUUCAACGGCUCACCCUCUGCGGGUAAGCUCUCCAGCAGCCUCCACCCUCGAGGAUCUCCCAGCUUCCUUCUGCCCCUCCUACUCUUCCCCUUUAUACUGAAAUGUUUUAACUGUCUGUAUUUUCACAAGCGCACAAGUAAGACUGUAUAGACUAAUGCACAUAAAUCUGAUGGCAGAGCUUAAGUCAAAAGAAUGAAAUGAGUGUUUUGUUAUUAUGCAGCACGCCUCAUAAAUAUUGUUGUCCUGUUAGCCCAAACAGUCACAUGAAAUGAGAUGACGUCAUUUUGAUUGGGAAAUAUUUCACUGCUGAAGGUACAAAAAUUUCAUAAUGAGAUUUUAGGCGUAUUUAUAUUUUAGGUUUUACAGCUGGUAAAAUCAUAUGCAUUAAGGUCACAAUCAUAAUGAAGGGACACUUGUUUGGUCAGAUAAUCCUCUUUCAGCUAACAAAAUAACAACAACCACUUACAAAGAUCAUGUAAUCAUUUGUGUUUUUUCAGAAUGUCUCAAAUCUAGUGUUACUGUCGUGAGAUCAUGAACAUCUGUCAGUAGGCACCAUAAUGAGGUAGUGCCAGGUAAUUGGAUUUUUCAGCUCCUGUAUAAAAAGAAGCAAUUUUUCUCCCACUGCAUAUAAAAGCAGAGUGAGUGACGCUGACAAGGCGUCGGUGUGAAGCUAGAUCUGCCUCUAUGCCUUUUAAGUAGCAGCCAUUAUUUCAGCAGAUUUGAGAACUGUAACGUAGCAGAAACUUGGAUACUUAACAGUGGUUAACACACUGUGUCCCAGCAAUUUCACACUGCAGACAAAGCAGGCACCUACUCCAGUCUUGGAACCACUUUUCUUCCAACAACCCACAGCAGUGGAAGACACAUCAGUGACCUUUUUACACUCAUGUGAAUGUAUACCUGAGCAGUAACGUCUCUAACUGAUGUUGAGACUUGCUAGAAUAUGAAUGUGCCAACUGUCCGUGGAUCGAGUGUGAAAGCUUCCGCUGACUGAAAUUUUAGGAUACUUUUUACAGAAUGAAAUAUCCGUUUAGGUUAAUGUACUUUCGUUUGGAUUUUAAGUUAUGUGAACGUCGUGUUCAACAUCUGCCUUGUAUUCUGUUAAUAUUAAAUCAUAAAUGUUGGCUGACUUUGGACCUCACAUCAACUUAUGCCAAGAAAACAAGACAAUAUUUAAAAUGUCUAACUUAAGAUGUCAUUAAACCUUUGUUUACACUGAAA